GUGCCCCCCCCCCCCCCCCCCCGGGACAAGUGCCCCCCCCUUCCCCCCCCCAGGACAAGUAGGCCCCCCCAUCCCCUUUGCCCCCCCCCCGCUGGGUGAUGGCGGGGGGGUCCCCGUCGCGCCCCUGGGGUGUGGGCGGUGGUGGGGGGCGCCUUCCUGCAGUCGGGGCUGGUUUUCGGGGGGGCUGCGGGUGCUGGGGCUGUGCCUGGGGGAGAUGGGGGAAGUCCUUCAAGGGGGGGGCAGGGGCCGUCGCCUGGGUGGGCUCCACCGCCAUCGCCACGCUUCAACUGGGAGGACCCCUGGCCAGCACCUUGAGCACCCGCUUUGGCGCCCGCCCCGUGGUCAUGGUCGGGGGCUUCCUCACGGGCCUGGGGUUCCUCCUGGGGUCCUUCGCCACCCACCUGGCCCACCUCUACCUCAGCGUGGGGCUGCUGACAGGUACGGGGUUGGGCUGGGCGCUGGUCUUCACGCCGCUGGCCACCGUGGGCCACUACUUCCCGGCGCGGCGCGCGCUGGCCACGGGCUUGGCCAUGUCGGGGGCCAGCGUUUUGGGGCUGGUCCUGGCGGCUCUGGUCCCUCUUCUACUGGACGCCUACGGCUGGCGGGGGACCCUACUGGUGAUGGCCGCCAUCUCCUUCAACCUACUGGUGGCCGGCGCCUUGCUGCGGCCUCUCAAGACCCCCAAGGAGUCACGGGGCCGGCGCGGGGGCCGGUGGGGGUUGUGGCGGCUGCUGCGUCACGGCCCCUUCCUCCGCUACUCCUUGGCCUUCGUGCUGGUGGACGCCGGCUACUACGUGCCCCACGUCCACGGGCCGGCCCGCGCCCACGAGGUGGGGUGCGACGAGCACCAGGCCGGGCAAGCCAUGGCGGCCAUGGCGGUGGCCGAUGGGUGGCGGGUGUUGGCCGGCUGGUUGGGCCCCCGCCUGGCCGUCCCUUUGCUCCACCACCUCUUCGCUUGGGGGGCGCUGACGGGGCUGGCGCUGCUGCUGCUGCUUGGGACGUCCUUCGGGGGGCUCCUGGCCUUGGUUUUGGUCUACGGGUUCUGCGCCGGCGCCGUGGUGCCCCUGCAGUUCACCGGCGUGGCCGAGGUGAUGGGCGCCGGGCGGCUGCUCCACGCCAUCGGCCUCAUGCAGAUGUUGGAGAGCGUCGGGUCGCUGCUGGGGGCUCCCUUGGCCGGUAGGAAGGGGGCUCGGUGUGGGACUGGGGGGUGCUGGGAGGGGUGGGGGACCUAGAACCGGUCAUGGGGGGAAGCUGGGAGCGGUUUUUGGCUUGAUUUUCAUCAUUUUGGUCAGGAAAUGACGCCAGCGGCGUUGGGUGACCUAGAACCCAUCAUGGGGGGCAUCUGGAGUGUGUUU